AUGAGUGGCGCAGUGAAUGGAACUGGAAAAACAAACGGAGUGCAUAGCGCCUCCACCAAUGGCCACCAACAUCCGGAGGAUCUAAAGAUUGCCAUCAUCGGCCAGAGCAACUUUGCCGCCGAGGUGCUCGAGGUGCUGCUCGAGCGAGAGCACAUGGUAGUCGGUGUGUUCACCAUCGCCGAUAAGGGCUCCCGGGAGGACGUCCUGGCGACGACGGCCCGGCAGCAUCGCAUACCGGUGUUCAAGUUCCCGGCCUGGCGCCGUAAGGGGGUCCCCAUACCGGAAGUGCUCGAGCAGUACCGGUCGGUCGGGGCAAACCUCAAUGUGCUACCCUUCUGUAGUCAGUUCAUCCCGAUGGAGGUGAUCGAUGGAGCGUCGUUCGGGAGCAUCUGCUACCAUCCGUCGCUGCUGCCGCUGCACCGCGGUGCCAGUGCCAUCUCCUGGACGCUGAUCAACGGUGACGAGCGGGCCGGGUUUUCCAUUUUCUGGGCCGACGACGGGCUGGACACGGGCCCGGUGCUGCUGCAGAAGCAGUGCCCGGUGUACGGCGACGAUACGCUCGACUCGCUGUACAAGCGGUUCCUCUACCCGGAGGGCGUGACGUCGAUGGCGGAAGCGGUGGACAUGAUCGCCGCCGGGACGGCUCCAAAGAUUCCGCAAACGGAAAUCGGUGCCAGCUACGAUCCGGCGCUGUUCCGAGAGGAGAACCAAUACGUUAACCUCAACCAGUCAGCGGUAGCGGUGUUUAACUUUAUCCGUGGUCUCGAUUCGGUCCCGGGAGCGUUGGCGAUUGUCGAAACGGAAUCAGGCACGGAGGUUCCCGUGCGAUUGUUCGGAGCAUCACUAUGCGCACGGAGAUCCUUCGCCAAUGCCAAACAAAUCCAAUUCAAAGGAACCACCGAGCCGGCGUACGUGUGCAAGGAAGGAAUCUUUAUCACCGGCACGGAUGGACGCUUGGUGAAGGUGAAGCGCCUCAAGCGGGGCAAUAAGGUGAUUCAGGCCAGCCAGUGGUUUGAGCAGGCGAACGCCAAACCGGCCGCUCCGCUCGAGCUGACCGAGAAGGAGCUCGAAUCGGACGCCAUCCUGCGGGGAAUUUGGAAGGCGAUCCUCAAGGUGGAGAUCGAGCCGGAAACGGACUUCUUCGCGUGCGGCGCCGGCUCCAUGGAUGUCGUACGCCUGGUGGAGGAGGUAAAGGACACCCUCGAGGUGCCGAUUAGCAACGAAACCCUUUUCAUGGCUCCGACGUACGGUGAGUUCAUGCAGGAAGUGGUGCUUCGGUUGCGCAGUGGCAACGAUUCGGUUGGAGUCGGUGCAAACAUUGGAUACGACUUUCGACACGUGGUGCUUAAGGCGAACCGAAGGGAAAUUGUUGUCCCCACGCAGAUGUUUGUGGGUGGCCGGUUCGUCGAUGCCGAGGGUGGCAAAACACUUCCAAUUGUAAAUCCCACGACGGAACAGCCUAUUUGCGAGGUAGCCGCCGCUUCGAAGGGUGAUGUCGAUGAGGCGGUGAAGAGUGCCGAUGAGGCAUUCAAGACCGUGUGGACGAACGUGUCGGCUCGUGAACGGGGUCAGAUGAUGUUCCGGUUGGCCGAGCUGAUGGAACAACACAAGGAGGAACUGGCGACGAUCGAAUCGAUUGACUCGGGAGCUGUCUAUACACUCGCGCUGAAGACCCACGUUGGUAUGUCGAUCGAUGCGUGGCGUUACUAUGCCGGUUGGGCGGACAAGAUCGAGGGAACCACUAUCCCGGUAAGCCCGGCACGGCCGAACCACGUCCUGACGUUUACCAAACGGGAACCGAUCGGUGUAUGCGCGCUCAUCACCCCCUGGAACUAUCCGCUCAUGAUGCUCUCGUGGAAGAUGGCGGCGUGCAUUGCGGCCGGCAACACGGUCGUCAUCAAGCCGGCCCAGGUGUGUCCAAUGACGGCGCUCAAGUUUGCCGAGCUGACGGUUCGGGCCGGGUUCCCACCCGGCGUCAUCAACGUCGUCACCGGGACCGGUUCCCUGGCGGGGCAAGCGUUGGCCGACCAUCCGCUGGUGCGCAAGCUCGGCUUCACCGGCUCGACACCGAUCGGCAAGCGCAUCAUGGCGUCGUGCGCUGAGUCGAACAUUAAAAAGUGCUCGAUGGAGCUCGGUGGCAAGUCACCGCUGGUCAUCUUCGCCGACUGCGACCUCGAGAAGGCGGUCCGGCUCGGCAUGUCGGCGGUGUUCUUCAACAAGGGCGAAAACUGCAUCGCCGCCGGUCGCCUUUUCGUGGAGGAUCGUGUGCACGAUGAGUUCGUGCGCAAGGUGGUGAAGGGUAUCCGCACGAUGAAGAUCGGUGAUCCACUCGACCGUGCCACGGCGCACGGCCCCCAGAACCAUCUGGCCCACCUGCAGAAGCUCCAGGAGUACUGCACCGUGGGAGUGAAGGAAGGUGCCACCCUGGUGUGCGGCGGCAAGCGGGUACCUCACCUCAAGGGACUCUUCUUUGAGCCGACCGUGUUCACCGACGUCGAGGAUCACAUGUACAUCGCACAGGAGGAGUCGUUCGGGCCGAUCAUGGUCAUCUCCAAGUUCCAUAGCAGCGACUUUGAGGCACUCGUUGCUCGCGCCAACAACACCGAGUACGGGCUGGCGAGCGGUGUGUUCACCAAGGACAUCCAGAAGGCACUCCUGUUUGCCGAGAAGGUCGAAGCGGGGACAGUUUUUAUCAAUACGUACAACAAGACGGACGUUGCCGCGCCGUUCGGUGGAUUCAAGCAGAGUGGCUUUGGAAAGGAUUUAGGGAAAGAAGCUUUAAAUGAAUACCUCAAAACCAAAUGCGUCACGGUGGAAUACUAAUACAAAUAAGUUUUAUAUGUUAAGUUUAUAUGCUAAUAAAUUAUUAUAAAAAUGCAA